AUGGACGAGGGUAAAAAUGCGGGCUUUUCGAGGGCGCGGCGACCCGCUAGGGAAGUCGCCUUGGAGGAGAUAAUAGGUGAACGGGCUAGAGUAUUAACAGUGGAGGAAAAGAGGAAUGGACUGGGGAUGCGAUGCGAAGGGGAUAAGACAUAUAAACACCCAGAGUUUUCUGUCGGAUUUUUCAAAGAAGGAGGCUUAAUUCCUGGAGCAGGAUUUAUUCGUGGUAUGUAUCCGCGUACGGCUCCUCUCAAUAGCGUCUGUUGGGAAUCAUUUCGAGCUGAGCGGCCAGAUUUGGUUCAGAAAAGAUUACCGUUUCGGGAAGUUGACCGGCUGGCUGAACAGCAAGCGGCUAAGGGGAGCGUUGAGGAGCUCGGCGAGUGGGAGAGGAAUAUUUUGAGGGAAAUUCCGGGGGCUAAUUAUGCAGAGUAUUAUGUUAUAGCACCAGGACUGGGGUUGUCGAAGUCGUGGGAUCUUUAUACGUGUCUGUGCCUAGGGUCGAUCCUGAGUGCUACGGACCCUGUCGCGGUAUACUAUGGCGGCAUCGAUGAAACCGUUGUUGGUAUCACCAGAGACUAUAAGAAAUUUGUUGGCAAUACGUUGGUGUUUUUCAUAAGUGGUGGUCUCCUAGGACGAGCGUUGGUUCGGAGUGUUCAGGAUAACAGUGCUUGUUUUACUGCACUCGGUGUUAUGUAUUUAGUGAUGUUGGUGACACGAGGGGUGAUGCUAUUGUUAUUAUGGCCGUUUUUGGGGAGGAUUGGACCUAAGGUUCAUUGGAGGUCUUUGACGGUUAUCUUCUGGGGUGGUCUGAGAGGAGCUGUUGCUCUCUCGUUAGCUGUGAUGGUAACUAAAUCAGAGGAUGCAUUUCCGGACGUUCGCCUUCGAGAAGAGUUGAUGUUUAUCGUCGGUGGCUGCGCUUGUUUGACUUUGCUCGUCAACGCUACUACAGCUCACGCACUGGUGAACAUUUUGGGUUUCACAGAAUUGACGACGAGUAAAAAGAUCCUCUUGAAAAAUGUGGAUAUGAGUAUUGCCGAGGCGGCGAGGGAAAUGUGA